AUGGCGAUGAUGAUGACUGGCCGUGUGCUGCUGGUGUGUGCCCUCUGCGUGCUGUGGUGCGGUGACGAGGGUAGAUGUGACGAGGAGGUGGUACCUGUUGGAAAAGGGAAUGCUUCCACUGACAAUGAUGACCAGAAAAGGACUGCCGAGGUUCCGGCGCCCAGAAAAAGUAUUGCAUUACCGGUGAAUUCAGGACAAGAAUCAGCAGUUUCAACAUUGAGAAAUGAGCAGACGCCACAGAUUUCUGAAUCUGCUAUUGUGUUGCCUAAACAAAUAACUUCAGAUCAAAAGCAAGAAGACGAGGAUGCAAAAGACGGCAAGGAUGGAAAGGAAGAAAGAGAUGCACGCGAAGAUCCAAGACCACCACCACCUCCGGGAGAAACACCAACGACAAUAAAUGGAAACUCAGCAGGAACUUUAAAUGAAAAAACGGAGAAAGAACUGCCUAGUGCUGAUGAUGGCUCCAACCAGGAACACGUGCUUAAAUCACCGGCAGCAGAAUCAGCACCAGCACCAGCGUCACAAGUAAAAAAUGAAAACCCCGGCUCUGCAAAUCUCGAUACAGUGCAAGACGUGCAAGACGUACAAAACGCUCAACGCGGACGGGAAUCCGAUGGUGAGUCACGAAAAGAAGACAAUGCUCUCACCACAAACAAACAACAGGAUGGAAAAUCUAACAGCCAUGCUGAAUCAACUCCAACAUCAGGCUCAUCAGCAAAAAGAGUUGCCGCCAGUAACGGCCCUGACAAGGCUACUGAAGAGGAGAUUUCCAAUAAAAAUACAGCACGUGUUGAUGCAGUACCAGAAGCAGCAGAAGAUGAUGGAAAUAAAGAUGACAAUAAAAAAGAAUUACCAAUAAAAACCACAUCUAUUGCAAAUGAUACGACUCUAACUGGCAACAGUGACGGCAGCACCGCGGUCUUUCACACCACCUCCCCUCUUUUGCUUCUUCUUGUAGCAUGUGCGGCUGCGGUGGUGGCCGCGUGA